UGGCGGCACUUUGGCGGUGCGUGGGUGUCACUGGCAUGUGGAUAGGCAACCUCCUGAUGCUGCCCUGCCCACUGGGAGCUGUGACUCCAGCUUCCUGAGUCUUACCGAGGUGCCCUCGGAAAGGGGAUUGAGGCUGGGGGACCAAGAGCCUCUGAUGACUUGUAGGAAAAACAGCAGGAGACAGGCCAAGAAUGGGGCUGGUCUUUCCUAAUUGCACUGCUUUAGUUUUCCUGAGGGGAUGCAGCUCCAGGAAGGAGAUUCUAGGUGACCUAGUUUCUAGGGGGUGGGGACAAGAACAAAGCCUGGACCAUGGGCAUGGCUGGCCCUUUUCCCCAGUCCUGAUGCAGUUCCUGGGGUGUUGACAAGGUCUUCUGAGUCCCAGUUCUGACAGACUUGGGAGCCCAGAGCAGGCUCAGAGUGGAUUCCCUGUGGCCUUGCCCUGGGUGGGUGGCGGUGUCUCCAUGGGAAUGGGAGCCAGGAAUUCUAGUGUCCAGCUCUGUAGAGGGGGUGGGACCCAGUGCAGUCUGGCUCCUCCUUGGACCAGGGCCUCAAAUACCCACCCAUGCCCAGGCGCCAGAGCUAUUGCUGGACUGAGCUCUUGCAGUCUGUCCAGUGCCGCGGACACACUCCCAGCCUGGACUUCAGACUCCUACCUGGACUCAGAUCCUGAGCAUCUGAUACUACACCAUCCUCAUCUUAGCCCUCCCGCUCCGUGGAAUGGUUGGGCCCCGGGCCCUACUGGCCGCCCUCUGGGUACUGGGGGCCACCGGGGCAGCCGCGCUGCGAAUUGGAGCCUUCAACAUCCAGAGCUUUGGCGACAGCAAAGUGUCGGACCCGGCCUGUGGUGGCGUCAUUGCGCAAAUCCUUGCUGGCUAUGACAUCAUGCUCGUGCAGGAGGUGCGAGACCCGGACCUGAGCGCCGUAUCAGCGCUCAUGGAGCAGAUCAACAGUGUGUCUAGGCACGAAUACAGCUUUGUGAGCAGCGAGCCCCUAGGGCGGGACCAGUACAAGGAAAUGUACCUGUUCAUCUACAGGAAGGACUCGGUGUCGGUCAUGGACAUGUACCAGUACCCGGACCCAGAGGACGCCUUCAGCCGCGAGCCUUUCGUGGUCAAAUUCUCAACUCACAGCUCGGGUGAGGCCCCGCCCCACUCGGCCCCGCCCCCUGCAGCUCCUGCCCGGCUUCUGACAUCCAUCCCCUUCUCAGCGGCUAAGGAGUUGGUGCUGGUCCCACUGCAUGCUGCGCCACACCAAGCAGUGGCGGAGAUCGAUGCUCUCUACGACGUGUACCUGGACGUGAUUGACAAGUGGGGCACCGAUGAUAUGUUGUUCCUGGGCGACUUCAACGCUGACUGCAGCUACGUGAGGGAGCAGGACUGGGGGGCCAUCCGCUUGCGCAGCAGCGAGGUGUUCAAGUGGCUCAUCCCAGACAGCGCCGACACCACGGUGGGCAACUCAGACUGUGCUUAUGACCGCAUUGUGGUCUGUGGUGCGCGCCUGCGCAGGAGCUUGAAACCCCAGUCGGCCUCUGUGCAUGACUUCCAGGAGGAAUUCGGCUUGGACCAGACUCAGGCCCUUGCUAUCAGUGACCAUUUUCCUGUGGAGGUGACCCUCAAGGCCCACUGACAACACUGAAGCCUGGCCAGGACAUACUGCCUGCAGACUGGCCAUGAGGAACAGCUUCAUAGGGCUCCUUCAGGGUGGUAUGCCAACCCUCAGAGAGGCUGUGGGAAGGGGCAGCUGGGCCUGGACAAGUGGCCACGGACAUGUUUUGGGACCACUCAGAGCUUGUUCCCUCGUCUGUAGAAUGGACUACCUAACUACCUCACAGGGGUGUGAGGAGCACCGCAGAGUGCUGGGCAUAGCUGCGCUCAAUAAAUGUGCACAGCGCUAGCCCAGGACCACACACAGGUUGGACUCUGCCUUUCUACGGUACAAACCCUGGUCAUUCAGCCUGGCAGAUCUUUCAAAAGACAGGCACAGCCUGGCCUGCUCAUUUCAUGUCCUGCUGGCAUCUGUCACCUCCAGACCACUGUAAAGCUUUUAAGAACUUGUAGUGAGUGCAGUGGGGAUCAGCAUUCGCACACACACAGGUACAGUGUUGACGUGCAAGGCCAACCUCUCAGCCCAAUGUCCCUCCUGCAGUCCCACUCCCUGGUCCUCCUGCAUAGAUGCUCAGGCACUGCUCUGUAUCAUAGGUCCUAUUCCACCCAGCAUUCCAGGAGAGGUCAGGGUACAGUCCUGCCCACAGAACCUGCACACCUCCCUGUGGCACAGCCCUUCAACAAUGUCUUCCUGGGUAGGUUCCUCCUCAGGAGCCCUGGGCUGGGACAGGACACUGGCCUUUGUCCCGGGUAAGCCCAUCACCUGAGGAUUGAAAAAAAGCAGAGAGCUGGGAUGACACACAGCAUAACUGACAAGAGUUUUUAAAACAUCACAUCUUUGGCAGGAUUUGAAAACUGUCCUGAAUUUUAUGGGAGGAAAAGCCUUUUAGCUUGAAUAAGUUUUUCUUGCAAAAUCUUUCUAAAAUAAGAUCUAUGACACAGCACAGAAUGCCUCUCAAGUAAUGCCUCCCUUGUCCCUCUCCAAGUUACCCCAUGUCUCUGAAUUGUCAUACACUCCCUCCAAGUGAACAAACGUGUUGGCCAAAAGGCUUUUCUCUGGGAGGUCUCUGUGGGGGGCGGUCUUGUGUGGACCAUCACUGCCUGGCUUUAUGCUUUCAGCAACCAGGUAGUACGGAGGCCAGGGGUGGGACAAGCUGAAGACUUUAUUCAUAAUUCUGCCUUGGGAAAGGUAACACUCAGUGGUGACACUGCUGGAGGUCCAGAACAGCCCCAUGUGCCAGUUCAUGAUUCCCAAAUCCAGACACUGCCCACCAACCCCACUUGCCAGGCAGGAAAGGCAUUCAUGGUGAUGGGCCUUGAAACACUAGCUACAAGGAACAGGGCCUUCUGAGAUGCAAAAAAAAAAAAAAAAA